GGUUGUUUUUUUUUUGUUUAAAUUGCGAAUUAUUUAGAAUAACAGACUAAUAUAGCAGAUGGUUAAUUUGAUCAGCAACGAAGCGUAACAUUAACGAAUUUGACUUAAUUACAAAAAGCAAUUGUGACGUAGCUUGUUUGUAAAUGGAACGAAAAACUAAAGAUAGCAAUCAAAUAAUUAUCGAAUAAUUUUUUUUUACAAGAGAACAAUGAAAAUAAAAAGAGGAAAGUGUAAAAUUGCAAAUAUUGUCAGAGAAGAGCAGGAAAUGGCUCAAACCGUUACGCCUGAAAGCAUGACGGCCUUAAAAGAAGCAUUUCAGGCAUUUGACAAAAAUGAUGACGGAUUUAUCUCUAAAGAAGAGCUAACUCAAGUUAUGUUUAGUCUCGGACACGUCAUGUCAACCGCAGAAAUAGAUCAGAUGAUAAGCUUAGUAGAUACGGAUGGAAAUGGUUUGAUAGACUUCAAAGAAUUUUUGAGUUUAAUGAACACUACCAGUCAAGAAGAAAUAAAUGAUGAGGAAGAAAUGAAAAUUUUAUUUACUUUGAUUGACGCAAAUCAAGACGGAUUUUUGUGUGAAAAAGAAAUCCGAAACAUGAUGAAAGGUUUAGGAGAAAAAGUGAAAAAGAAGCAUAUACGAAAAAUGAUAAAAGAAGCCGACAUAAAUAAAGAUGGAAAAAUUAGCUUCAAUGAGUUUAAACGAAUGGUAUCAAAUGGUAACUUUCUUGUUAAAUGAAUUUUAAUAAAAAUACUUUUGGACAAUUGAGCACCAAAGAACACUAAUACAUAUAUAUUAUCAUCGGAUAUUUUUUGGUUUUUUCGAGUUAUGGUUAUUAAAAGAAAAUUUUUAUUGUCGAUAGUUAAUGACAAAACAAAAAAAGCAGCUAAGUAUGAUACUCGCAACAGUCAUGAACGCGACUCGCAAAGGUUAUGGUUUGAGAAAAAAGUCAUCUUGUACUAGUAAAAAGUUACACUCGUCAAGACGAACUUUGUGUACAUUAAUAGGAUGCUUAUUUAUUACUGCGAAAUGAAAUCUUUCGUUUUUU